AACAAUGCACACCUAACAGCUGCAAUCCGUCUCCUGCACGAAACCCUGACGAGUCACAAAUGAGGCGAGCAGUUCCCGUGUGCCGGCUGCUCUACCAGUUAGCGCAGCAAAAAGAACAGGCAUGUCGGCAAAUUAGCAACGCUUUCUUCGCUUCCGGAGCGGUGCCGGCGGGACAGCCCGCGUUGAACCCGGUCGCCAACUUGUCCUUCACCAAACCUAGCGUCGGCGGUCGCGCGGUGAUUCUCGAUGGGCGCGCGGUGGCAGCUGCCUGGGAGCGGGAGCUUGUCGGCGACGUCGCGCGACUGACCGAACUUCUCGGCAGGCCGCCGGGGCUGGGCGUGGUGCUCGUCGGCAGCCGGCCAGACUCCAUGUUGUAUGUGACCAAAAAGCAGGAGGCAUGCCAGAAGGCCGGCAUGAACACGUACGUCCACCACCUGCCCGACACAGUUAGCCAGUCGCAGCUGGAGGCGGCGCUGGCGCACGUGUGCGCCGACGGCCGCGUGGACGGCGUGCUCAUCCAGCUGCCGCUGCCCCGGCACCUCAGCGAGGAGGCGGUGAUGGAGGUGCUGGACCCGCGCAAGGACGUGGACGGCUUCCACCCGCUCAACAUGGGUCGCAUGCUGAUGCGCGGCCGCGGCGUGCGCCUGGUGCCCGCCACGCCGCUGGGCUGCAUAGAGCUGCUGCGGCGGAGCGGCGUGGACGUGCAGGGCAAGAACUGUGUGGUGCUGGGCGACUCAAACAUUGUGGGCACGCCGCUGGCCGCCAUGCUGCGAGACAAGGGCGCGGCAGCCGUCACCAUAUGCCACCGCCGCAGCUACCGGGAGUGGUUCGAGGACCAGCAGGAGGUGCAGCGCAAGCGCGCGGCGGCGGCCGUGUGUCUGCCGCGACUGCCCGGGCCCACGCCGGCACCCGCCCCGCCGCCCCCGCCGCCCGCCAGCCCCAGUGGCGGCCCUGACGGCGGCGGCGGCGGCCCUGACGGCGGCGACAGCUUUCAGUCGUACCAACUGCCGGACCUGACCCGCAGCGCCGACAUCCUGGUGGUGGCCGUGGGGCACCCGGAGCUGGUGCGUGGCGACUGGGUGCGGCCGGGGGCGGUGGUGAUCGACGUGGGGAUCAACGUCGUCAGCACGCUGCCGCGCAGCCCGCCGCGCGUCAGCAGUAGCGGCAGUAGCAACGGCAGCGGCAGCAGCAACGGAAACUGUAGCAGCAGCAGCGAUGGCGGCGGCAGUAGCUGCAACUCGGAGGGCCAGGGCCGGCAGACCGGGGAGUGCAGGGGUAGCGGCGGCGGCGGCGGUGGCGACGGCAGUAGCAGCGGCAGCGGCUCAACCACCAUCAGCAGUAGCACGGCUGUGGUGUCGCCGGAUUUGGGCGAUGCAGAGUCGUCAGCCAGCAUUGUCGCGGCUGCUACAGCCGCGGCGGCGGGCGCCGGCAACGGCGGCGCGGCGACCGGGGACGGCGACGGCUGUGGCGACGGCAGCGGCGGCGGCGGCGGCAGUAGCGGCAGUAGCGGCGUGGCGGCGUCGCUGUACAGCCACCGCAAUGUGGUGUUCCAGGUGGUGGGCGAUGUGGCAUUUGACGAGGUGUCACGGGUGGCCGGCGCCAUCACGCCGGUGCCGGGCGGCAUCGGCCCCAUGACCAUUGCGGCAGUGCUGCACAACACCCUCAAGGCCGCAAAGUACCGGGCAGGGCUGGAGCCGUGGUGAUGAGAGCGGGAGGCGAGGAGCGGGAGGCGGCGGCGGCGAAGAGCGGGAGCCGGUGAGGAGCUGGCGAAUGGCGGCGGCGGCGUAUGGCGGCGGCGUAUGGCGGCAGCGGCGGCGACGUGUGGAGGUGGGCGGCACAGCGCUUGCAGAGGAGCGGCUGGGGGGGGGGCAGGGCGGCGGCGGGCGUGGGAAAUGCUGAAUCGAGCGCAGGGUUGGGCGGAUAGGUAGUAUUGUAGUGGGUACCUGCCUGUGUGGUCAUUCACCAUGCGCGCAUGUUGUGUGGUCGUGCGCAUUAGGUUUGGCGUGCCGCAUGAAUGGGGAUUAAUUGUCAAUUGAUGUGGCCGACAGUCGCGCGAGGGGUGUGCGUGUGUGUAGGGGGGGGGCCGCGCCGCGGGACCCGAGCCAGCGCAUGCGCUAGCAUAUUGUUUCAGCACCUCUCAGGCGGUGCGUGUGCGAUUAUGCGUGCAGCGUGCUUUGAUUAGGCUGUUGGGGUUCAUGCCGCGUGCCGUUAAAGACGCAUAGAGCAGAGAGCACCCUUGGCGAAGAGCCGUCGAAAGCGGCCAAUUGAGCACGCCGCGAUGGGCAUUGCUUAUCAAGUUGAACCCAAAAAACGGCAUUGAAACGUAAUGUGUGUGCGUCGGUGGCAUGCCGACGCACAAAACAAAACAUGUGAUGCAAAAGCUGCCGCCGGUCGCCGGGCUGCAGACCCGGUGUGGGAGGGCAGGAGCUUUGUCGUCUUCGUUCGUAGUGCUCCGGGCUGCCACUCGGGCUUACCGCGCUAGGAGAAGGGAUGUGGUGGCGGCGGCGUUUCCGCGGCAGUGUGCAAAGAGUUCCGGGGCUGUGAUGUGUGGCGGGCUGCACUGGAUAGGGAUUCGCAGAGCGUCCGGCGGGGCAGGGAAGCUCCGGCUGUAAAACCUGGGCACA